ACUGACAGCCCGUUAGCUGCUACUGCUCACCGGCAGUGAGACAGCAAACACGGACGCUGUAAGAUACACCGACAUGGACUUGGUGAGCACUUUUUAUCACUACAAAGACGGAUAUUAUUCACACGCCGCCGUCUAACGACACCAGACGGCGUGUAUUCUUACCUGGGCUCGGUUUUGUUUCGGGGAAAAGGAGACUCUACGGCCGGGAGAGGAAUGGAUGCGACGACUGCUUUCCUGCGACAUACACCGGCCAGCUAAGAGGCUUCACUCUGAAGACCACCUGAAUUAUUCAAACUAAUUCCUCUGUGCUUAAUUGUGACAGUAAUAUCCUCUAAAUAGUCGUAACUGGCAGUGGAAAGGUACACAAAGUUCAAGAGGAGCGAGGCUAAUCGCUGCUGGCGACCCAGCGCAGCUGUUAGCUAACAGCAGCUAGCUGAAAUUCGCAUUCUUUAUUUUAUUUGGCUCUUUAAAUACACUGUUUUUAAUCUUUCUGAAGUUGGAGUACUACUUGAGCUGAGAGGAGGAACUCCGCCGGCGAGCUAACGUUUCAGCCUGACUACAUCUGGGAACGUUUAGCUUGAUUUUAAAGGACAUAAAUCAUAUGACUUCUCACUUAUGGCUCGUUAGUAUCGCGGUACUGCAGCUGACCCAGCUAGCUAGCAUCUGUGUUAGCUAGUCGGUAGCGCACAUAACCGUCUGCCACUUCUUGGCCUUGAUAACUGCUUCACGGUAAGGAUGCACCACCAGGACUUCUCCGGAGACCCGCCCGGGACCGGGACCCGAAAAACGUCCUUUCACUACAGGAGGGGAAGCAGCGGGGCGUCCGCCUCCUCCGCAGCCGGUGGCAGUGGAGUAGCCACGGCUGACGACAAUCCAACCCAGGCUGGAUCCUCCUCUCCCGGACCCCAUCACCAGCCCCAGUCCCAAGCAGCUGGAGCUCAGGUGAAGAAGAAAAGUGGCUUCCAGAUAACAAGUGUCACCUCUGCUCAGAUAAAUGUGAGCGGCAACAACAGUUUAGCAGAUGACACAGAGAGCUAUGAUGACAUGGAUGAGUCGCACACUGAAGACCUCUCCUCCUCUGAUAUGCUGGAUGUCUCCAUGUCCAAGGCCACGGAUACAGGUGUGCCGGAGAGAAGCUCAUCGGAUGAGACGCUGAACAGUCUCCACGGGGUGGACACACCUGGACUUGUGUCUCCCAAUGAGCCUCUUCAGCCUCAUUCCAUCCCUCAGGGGUCCCAGCAGCACACCUCUAUGGUCAAUGGAACCAUGCACCAUCAUUAUUACCCUCAGCAACACAGCCAGGCCCACCACCAUCACUCUGACAGCUUGGGAGGAGUGGAACCAUCUUUACCAACUCUUCCCAUUGCCCCUUUGGCUACCUCCAGCCCGGCUAUAGGUUCCAAAGCUGGGCCCAGCCAGUCCCAAAGGCCACCAGUACUGGAUAACACUAAACUUGCAAGUCAACAAGUAGCCGCUGUUGUCGGUGGGUCAGUCACUGACCCACAUGUACAAGGUAAUGUGAAUAUUUCUAAUGUGUCUGCUGUCCCUGUUGUUGCUGCUGCUGCUGCUGUUCCUCCUUCGGGGCCUGCAGGUUUAGACAACACUAAUGUGAGUGGGCAAGUAGCUUCUGUUGGAGGAGGAACAGGCCCAUCUGCUGCUGUUGCCCCCAACACUCAAACCCAGCACACUCAAACAGCGACCGGCUCUCGUUUCCGAGUGGUCAAACUAGACACUAACUCUGAGCCAUUCCGCAAAGGAAGAUGGACGUGCACAGAGUACUAUGAAAAGGAGGUUCCUCAUCCGACUACAUCUGAGGCACCAAAAGCUGCAGAUGUGGCUGCAGAGACUGAUACGGGGAAUGUUGGGAUUAGUCCGGGUGUACCUGCUGCACAGCCGCCUCACACCCUACAGCCCUAUCAGCCUCCAAGCCAGGACUACACCAGUCCACAAGCCAUGCAGAGCCCACCACAGGGACUCGCUCAGACCACUCCUCUCACCUAUGUUUCACCCCAGGAGGUUGUUUGUGGAACUCACAUGCAGAAACCUGUGGUUCCUGUCACUGUCCCUCCAGCAACGUCACAGGUGACACCCCAGGCUGGUGUGAGUCAGCCUGCCUCGGUGAUACCCCAGCAGCUUCCCUAUGUGAUGGAUUCCCACCAGGCUCAACCCCAAGGAGGUUACCCCGCACCUCAGCUCCAUGCGGGGGUCAUGGCCCCAGCAAGUGUCAGACAGCCGGAUUUUAUCCAGCCUACUGCUCCCUUCCAGACACAAGUCCAGCCUCCGCUGCCGCAUGUUACAACAGGAGUCUCCAUAGCGCCAGUACCGGGGGUCAUGGCACCACAGCCAGUCAGCAUUACCCCCCAGUUGUCCCAUCAAGGUCAAGUAGCCCCACCUCCUCAGGCAAGUUUUGCUGCAGGACAGCCACAGAUCCUCCCAGCUCAGCCUCCACCCCAGCCUCACCCACAGCCACAAAUCUCAGUCCCCAUGCUGCCCACCCAUGGGACCCCCUACAUGCCUCUGACUGCGCUGCAAGCUGACCUUCAGCCCCUCCUCACUCCAGGCACAACCCUCACCCAUGUCCCUGGAGGAGGGAGCUCCAUAAAAGCCUCCCAACUGGAGGAUGCCCAGAAGCUUCUCCUCCAGCACCAAGGCCUGCUGGGUCUGCCCAGGCUCGGGGUGGCAGCAGGCGGAGAGGGAUCUGCGGAGGCUGGCAGUGCUGUAGGAACACUGGCCCACAUGGGGAUGUCAGCAGAGGCUAGCGCCUUCAUGGUGGCUGCUGCUGCAGGCCUCAGGACUCAGCAUGCUGAAGGAGACGAGGACAGCUCUUCUGGCGCCAGUGUCGUGGCCAUCGACAACAAGAUAGAACAAGCGAUGGACCUGGUGAAGAGCCACCUGAUGUACGCGGUGCGCGAGGAGGUGGAGGUGCUGAAGGAGCAGAUCAAGGAGCUGAUCGAACGCAACACUCAGCUGGAGCAGGAGAACAACCUGCUCAAGAACCUGGCCAGCCCCGAGCAGAUGGCCCAGUUCCAGGCACAAGUCCAGACCGGCGGCUCCCCGACCAGCACCGCCCAGCCUCCGGUCCCGGGCGGAACCACACAAGCCCUCCCCUCCUCACAGAACUCCGGCUCGUCUGCGUAACACGGAAAACUGCACAUCGGAGAGCUCGAUGACGGACAGGGGGGAUGGGAGGAAGAAGAUGAGGAGGAGGAAGGAGUGUCGCCAUAGUGUGAACGGACUCUACGCCACCGUCUGAGGAGCCGCACCGAACCGGCCGACGAGAAACAACCUACUUUUUGUUGCACAUUUUAUUUAACCGACAGACUUUGGAGUUGCACCGGUGUGUGAAUGCGGGAGUGACUGCGCGUCUGCUUCGUCUUUUAUUACUGCUUCAGACAAUCGUCGUCGUCGUGGUGAUGAGGAGGAGGAAAGACGGAGCCGACCAAUCGGAGGCUCUGGUCCAAUCCCCCUCGCAGUGUGCCAUCGUCUCGCCUCCCCCCUCCUCACCUCAACCAUCCAUCAGUCGUUUAAUCGUUUCCUUUCUCCCCCAACGUGCACUUUGUUCGAAGCAGACAAACUUUUUAAAGGAAGAUUCGUACGAGCCCAUCUGGAAUGGGAGCUUCCUGGAUCUUUAUCCUCGCAGCAUCUGAACAGGACAAGGAGGGCGCCACAGAGAGGGGGUUUCAUGAAAUAAUUAUGAAACAUGAAUUAGCUUGCGCCUCGUUGUUCACUCUGAGAACUCGGUGUUCUGCCGUCCCACCCUGAACUCCCCACGUCUUACCCGGAUGGAGCAUUAAAACAUUUAUGCAGGGAAUCAGUGUUUUUUAGGGAGGUUUGUUUUGUUUGUUUUGUUCUUUUUUUGUCUGUUUUUUGCUCUUAUUGAUGUAAUAAUGUCCUGUAAAGAAAAACAAAAAAAACAAUUAGGACAUGACUGUUUCUAGGUAGUGAACUUUGUACAGAUUUAAAAUUUCCAAUUCAACUCUGCCAAGUGCCUGGUUUCUAACCAUAGAUACAUAUAUCCAAGCUGUUUUUUUAAGUUGUAUCUGUGUUUUCUAUAUAUAUAUCUAUGGUUUACCAGGUUUUAACUACCAGUGAUGUCAGUACUCAGGGUGGGAACAGAAGAGGAAGUUUUACCUCAACACUAAAGAUGCUGUCUCUCCUGCAGUGACUCACGGCCUCGUACUGUAUGUGAAUCCACUCGCUCCAAUGAUCUGGACUAUUUGUACCAUUUUUGGGGACGUGUGUUGUCUUUUUUUUUUUUUUUUUUUUUUGUACAGCCAAGUGUUUUGAGUUGCUCGUAGUGCAACUGGAGCGCUGAACACAAUAAUAUGACACACUUGGCGAUUUAAAGAAAGGAUAAAAAAGCAAGAUAAGGAAAAUGCAGAAGUAUGUGGAUGUUUUGUGCAUGUUCCUCAGCCCAUCACAAAUGUGACAUUACAAUUGCACUAGACAGUUGCACCUCAAAUAAAAACAAAAAAGCAAAAA